AUGGCUUUCCCAAAGACACACAAUUCACAAGUAGAACAGCCACGAUGUAAAGCUAAAUCUUCUGAAUCCAAAUCCAACGACCCUUGCAAAACCCCACUACAUGGCCCUGUGACUGGCAACGUGGCUAAACGCACCAACAAGGUUGGAAUUGUUGGUAAAUAUGGAACACGUUAUGGUGCAUCCCUCAGAAAAAUGGUAAAGAAAAUUGAAAUUAGUCAGCAUGCCAAGUAUACCUGCUCCUUCUGUGGCAAGACCAAAAUGAAGAAACGGGCUGUGGGUAUCUGGCAUCUUGGAUCCUGUAUGAAAACAGUAGCUGGUGGUGCAUGGACCUACAAUACCACCUCUGCAGUCACAGUCAAAUCUUCUAUCAGAAGACUGAAGGAACUGAAAGACCAGUAA